AUGGACCCAUCCCUAUUGUCUACCGCAUCCAUCAUCUCUGCGUCUGCUUCCACCACUCCUCGGAUGGCUUCCGCCAGCUCGAGCGCGCUCAAUGCGGGAGGAGCCAACGCGAACGUGUUUCGCACGCAGUAUGGGACCCUCACGCGCGCAGACCCUGCUGGACUUGCAGAGCUAGCUGGCAUGACUACAGACGGCGGACCGAGCAAUGCGACACACGCUAAAACGGUAGAUGAUGACGACGAUGCAGAUCUCGGCAUUUUCGAGACCGGAUCCGGUGAUGAGGAUGGAGACGACUCGGACGAAGAGGGCGGCGGCAAAAAAAGACGCGGCAAGCGCGCAAAGGCUGGAAACGGUGGUGCGUCUGGAUCGCAAGGCGACGGUAAGGGCGAAGCAGAUAGCACGACUGGACGACGCAAGAUCCGCAUCGAAUUCAUCGAAGACGAUAGCAGAAGGCACAUCACCUUUAGCAAGAGAAAGGCAGGCAUCAUGAAAAAGGUCAGUUGAGCCGCGCACCCAUUAGCGCGGAACGCGACCGCAUGCAGAUCAUCGAUCUCGCCCAUCGGUGCCCUGGGACGUCUGCGCUUUCUCAUGCUCACAUGCGCGACUUUUCCCGUGUCAUCCCUGUUGCCCCCCGACAGGCGUACGAACUUGCCACGCUUACCGGCACGCAGAUUUUGCUGCUUGUUGUGUCUCAAACUGGCUUGGUGUACACCUUCACUACUCCCAAGCUAGCGCCCGUAGUCAAAGAAACGACGGGCAAGGACCUCAUCCGAAGAUGUCUAGAGUCCGACGACUACGGCGCGGAUGGACUUGCUGGGGACGUGCCGGCAGAGCGCAAGAAGGGUGGGGAGCAGAUGCCUCGAGAGCCGAGCGCAUCGGGCAAGCGUAAGCGCAGCACGGCCUCUUCUACUUCUCGAAGAAAUGCAGCUGCAGCUGCUUCGGCAGCCGUGGGCGAAUCCAUGUCCAGGCAAGGAAGCGGGAGCAGCAGCAGCGAUCAGUACAGUCACGACUCGCACGUUGGAGAGUACGCUCGUAGUGCCCUUUCCUCCCAUCAUAUGCUCCACCAAGCUGGCAACGGUGGGAUGGGAAUGAUGAGCGGUGGACCGCACAGCAGCCCUCUGGUCGGCGGGUAUGGAUUGCCUGGUCUUCCCUACUAUUCGCCGACGACGACAUCCUACGAUUUUUCGACCAACACGCAGGCCAUCAACAAUGCUCAUCAGACCCAUCUUUCGCCCCACGCAAGCAUGCAAUACGGUCUUCCACCUCAAUCGCCGACCACUUGGGGUUUCAGCUUCGAGCAGCAGCAGCAACAACAGUCGCACGGUCAGACGAGCAGCGGCAUGUCUUCGCACCAAGCCCAACAUUCCGGCAACGUCGGUCAGCCUCAACAUCAGGCGCGCGGGAGCGGACAAGCUCACUUGCUUCCCUACGAUCAAGACGCUGCUCAGCACAGUCUAGGACUCAACCUUGGCAACCAAUGGUCGGUGGCUGCGGGCGGCAUGAGCGCCACUGACCUUCACCGUCAAAGUCAUCUCUCUCCGCACGGAUACACGACUGGCCUGCCCAAGACCGAUGCUGGUCCUCAGAACUGGACUCGCGGCUAA